CACGACUUUAGUUUUCUCUCUCGCUUUGGUGGCAGAACGUACGCUAUCUCCUCAGAAGCCCUAGACGUUCUUCCACUUUCCACCAGCUAGCUCAAAGUAGCAUCCGGAGACAUUUUAUUAGAUAAAUUUGAGGAACCAUGGGUAUUAUAGAAAAGAUCAAAGAAAUUGAAGCCGAGAUGGCUCGAACCCAGAAAAAUAAAGCCACUGAAUAUCACCUGGGUCAGCUCAAGGCUAAGAUUGCAAAGUUGAGGACACAAUUAUUGGAACCCCCAAAAGGUUCUAGUGGAGCUGGAGAGGGGUUUGAAGUUACAAAAUUUGGCCAUGGACGUGUUGCACUAAUAGGAUUUCCCAGUGUUGGAAAAUCGACGCUCUUGACAAUGUUAACUGGAACGCAUUCAGAAGCUGCAUCGUAUGAGUUCACCACGCUUACCUGUAUCCCCGGUAUCAUUCAUUACAAUGAUACUAAAAUCCAGUUGCUUGAUCUUCCUGGAAUCAUAGAAGGUGCAUCUGAAGGCAAGGGGCGUGGUAGGCAGGUCAUUGCCGUUUCCAAAUCAUCAGAUAUUGUGUUGAUGGUUCUCGAUGCUUCAAAAAGUGAAGGACAUCGUCAAAUAUUGACGAAAGAGCUUGAAGCUGUGGGCUUGCGUCUGAACAAAAGACCACCUCAGAUAUACUUUAAGAAGAAAAAAACUGGGGGAAUUUCUUUCAACAGCACCUUACCAUUAACUCACGUGGAUGAGAAGCUUUGCUAUCAGAUAUUACAUGAAUACAAGAUUCACAAUGCAGAGGUUUUAUUUCGUGAAGAUGCCACAGUGGAUGAUCUUAUUGAUGUAAUCGAGGGAAAUCGUAAAUAUAUGAAGUGUAUCUAUGUCUACAACAAAAUAGAUGUCGUGGGUAUUGAUGAUGUGGACAGAUUAGCUAGACAGCCGAAUUCCAUUGUUAUUAGCUGCAACUUGAGGCUGAAUCUGGACCGCCUUCUAGCGAAAAUGUGGGAGGAGAUGGGCCUUGUCAGAGUUUAUACCAAGCCUCAGGGCCAGCAACCAGACUUCAGUGACCCUGUGGUCCUCUCUGCGGGUAGAGGUGGCUGCACAGUUGAAGAUUUUUGUAACCACAUUCAUCGGAGCCUGGUAAAGGAUGUGAAGUACGUAUUGGUUUGGGGCACAAGUGCAAGGCAUCUCCCACAACAUUGUGGCCUUAGUCAUGGUCUGCAGGACGAGGAUGUAGUACAGAUUGUUAAGAAAAAGGAGAGGGAGGAUGGAGGUAGAGGAAGGUUUAAAUCACAUUCAAAUGCUCCUUCUCGAAUAUCUGACAGAGAGAAGAAGGCUCCUUUGAAAACAUAAUGUCGAGUGGGGUGCUACGUCGUGGAGUUGUUGUGUGUGAUGCAUUCUACAAAAUAUUAACUUCUGGGAUGAAUUACAUUUUGAGGGAACAGCUAAAGAAUUUUAGUCUUCCUCUGAAGUGCACUCGCUGAGUAGAUGUUUCUCCUCAAAUUUGAGUAGUUAUUUAUAAUUUAUACUAUGGUGUUGAUGUAGAGCUUUGGAAAGAUCAAGUUUGAUUUCAAUAGUUUGUUAUACAAAUUUCAACAAGAUUUAUAUUCAUAAAAACUGCUCAAAAACUAGAACUGUGUUUUGAGUUAAUUACUCACUGCAGCUUCAAUUUCACCCGUAAUUUUGUUGCCUUCA